CUCUCGCUGAAAGUACUCGAAGCUUUGUCGUUCUCGCUGACCAACUACGAUGGCUCGUACCAAGCAGACUGCAAGGAAAUCGACCGGUGGUAAAGCACCACGGAAACAAUUGGCUACAAAGGCCGCUCGUAAAAGUGCACCGGCUACCGGAGGAGUGAAGAAGCCUCACCGUUAUCGUCCAGGAACCGUUGCUCUCCGUGAAAUCCGUAGAUACCAGAAAAGCACUGAACUUCUGAUCAGGAAAUUGCCGUUCCAACGACUUGUCCGUGAAAUCGCCCAGGACUUCAAAACCGACUUGCGUUUCCAGAGCUCUGCCGUCAUGGCCCUUCAGGAAGCCAGCGAGGCCUACCUUGUUGGUCUUUUCGAAGAUACCAAUCUGUGUGCCAUCCACGCCAAGAGAGUGACCAUCAUGCCCAAGGACAUUCAACUUGCUCGUAGAAUCCGUGGAGAAAGAGCUUAAAUUGCGUUUCUUACAGUUUAACGAAAAAACAAAAAAACGGCCCUUUUCAG